AUGCAUGCAAUAGGGCCCCGGGCCCUCGCCUCAGCCUCCCGAGUCUCUGCGUCGUCGAGGUUAGCAGCGCUCUCGGUCCCCCGCCGCCAGUGUCGACACUUCCACCCGUCCUUCAGGUUACGGAAGGACCCCUCCGAAAGCGGCGCCGGCGCAGGAGGCGCGGACGACGGGAAACCCUCGGACAAGCCUGCGGGUGAGCAGGAUGACGACGCCAGGAAUCAGGAUGGAGUGAGGACCGAGUCGCCCGCUUCCGAGUCGGCGUUUCGCCGUUCGAGAGGCGGCGCGUUCGCCUCGGCCAGGGCGCGCUUCUCGAGGUCGAAGGCCGCAGACGAGCUUCCGCCCGUAGAGCUGCCGCCGGCUUUCGUCAAAAGCUCCGUCUCCCUAUACGACCCCGCCGACCGAGUCGAUACCCUCACGAACGACCUCUGGCAUCACCGAUACAUGGGCGGCCGCUGGCAUGACCUGCUGUGGAAGGACCUAGACCUGGUCUUCAGCCAGGCUUCCUGGGACGAGGCGAAGCUGCAGGAUGCGAUGGGGCGGCUGCGCGAGGGCAACUUCGAGCCGAUCGAGAGGAGGAAUCGCAUUCUGGCCGAGGCGUCGCAGUGGUUGAGCCUGUCCAUCGACGAGAUGCGGUCCUCGAAGAACGUCGCGGGCUGGAGCCAUCGCAACUCCCGCGAGCCGCUGCCCACGACAGAAUUCGCCGAUAUGCUCCGCUACUCGAACAAGUUCGUCCUGUCCAACCUGUUGUCCCAGCACACGAGGCAAUCAACCCUGAGCGCCCCGUUAGAGGAGCGAGAAGUCGACCAGGACGGUGUCCUCCGGACGCUCGUCGAGCAAUACAUCGAGGAGGGAAAGCCGAAGCCAAGACGCGACGGAUUGCGUUUGUUUGAUCCUCGGAUCCGUGGCGAGAUCGCCGCCGCAGUCCGCGCGGAUCUCACACUGGAACUCAUAUCCGAGAUGCUUGGAACUGAAGUCAAGAGACCUGUCACUGUCGUCCACAUCCCGAAUUACACCGGCAGGACUCACACGCACAGGCUCAUGGACCAUGUAGCGACAUGCGUGGAGGCGGACAUAGUCCACCUCAAUGCUCAGAAGCUGGGUAUACUGGUCGGUGGUUAUAUCGGGCAGGACUGCGUCUACUCCAGAGGGCCGAUCGGAAUGCUGGGCUACCGCGCGGCAGAGAUGAAUGGCCGCCUGGCGAAGUCGGAGGAGCCGGAGAAGUCUAACGACGACGACAUGGCAGGAGAGCUGGAGGCCGCGUGGGUCAACAUCGGUCGGCAAGGUGAAUAUGGCAGCAACCCUAUGGACGAGGAGCUUCAGAAGAUCAGGGAAGGGUCCAAGGAUUAUGUUCUGCCGUCCGUGGAUCGCUGGGAAAAUCUCAAAAUCAACGCCAUCCUCGAGGAGAUCGUCAACGUCACCUCCAAGAUCUCUUCGCACCCAGACAGGAACCUCAUUAUCCACAUCUCAGAUUUCGUCGAGCUCAACAUGACGCUCGAGGGAGCCCUCAUCCUCGGCAGGCUACGCGCUAUCGUCGACAACCUGUGGCGUAGCGGCAGGAAAAUAACACUCGUCGGCACCUCGGCCAACGAGAACCCCUCCGAGCAGUACUCGUCGACUAUCAAGGAGAUCGCCGCCGAAGAGUGCCUCAUCUCCCUCCCGCUCAACUUCCAGCGGAUAACAAACGCCGUCGGCACCAAGAAGCUCUUCGAGGCCAACGACUACCUGCAAGAAAACCUCUCCAACAUCUCACAUAUGCUCGACAAGAUCUCCGGAAGCUCCUUCGAUAUGACAAAACUCCAAGUCAUCGGCAUGUCAAAGACGUCACCUCCUCAGUUCCUCCUCGAUGAUGUGGAAGGCUCCUACAUGGAGGUCUCCCUCAUCCCCCGCGUCCUCGCAACCUCCAUCCUCCCCCUCCCCGACGUCUACCACAUCGCCCGCCUCUUCUACGCCUGCCAGGGCGACGUCCCCAAGGAGCACGCGUGGCGCGUGCUCUUCGACGUCGUCGAGUCCAGCAGCUACAGCACCGCCCAGCUCAACCGCCUCCAGGACAAACCGACCCGCUCCAAGCCCUCCUCCUCGUCCUCCUCCCCCGCCGCCGAAACCCAGCGCGCCGAGCCGGAACGCCUCCGCGUCUCGGGCAACUACAACGAUUACGAGAAGAAGCUCCUCGCCGGCCUCGUCAACAGCAACGAGAUCAAGACGACCUUCGACGACGUCCACGCCGACCCGGAGACCAAAUCCGCCCUCAAGCUCCUCACCUCCCUCUCUCUCGUCCGGCCGGAGGCCUUCACCUACGGCGUCCUCGCCACCGACCGCAUCCCCGGCUGCCUCCUCUACGGGCCCCCCGGCACCGGCAAGACGCUUCUCGCAAAGGCCGUCGCCAAGGAGUCGGGCGCCAACAUGCUCGAGGUCAGCGGCGCCAGCAUCAACGACAUGUACGUCGGCCAGUCGGAGAAGAACGUCCGCGCCCUCUUCUCCCUCGCCAAGAAGCUCUCCCCGCUCGUCAUCUUCAUCGACGAGGCCGACGCCCUCCUCGCCGCCCGCGGCCAGCGCAACCGCGCCGCCCACCGCGAGACCAUCAACCAGUUCCUCCGCGAGUGGGACGGCAUGAACGACACGAAGGCCUUCAUCAUGGUCGCCACCAACCGCCCCUUCGACCUCGACGACGCCGUCCUCCGCCGCCUCCCCCGCAAGAUCCUCGUCGACCUCCCCCUCAAGCACGACCGCGCCUCCAUCCUCCGCAUCCUCCUCAAGGGCGAGACCCUCGACCCGGACUCGGUCGACCUCGACAACCUCGCCCGCCGCACCGUCCUCUACUCCGGCUCCGACCUCAAGAACCUCUGCGUCGCCGCCGCCAUGACCGCCGUCCAGGAGGAGAGCGAGGAGGCCGCCCGGCACGCCGGCCCGGAGCCCUACGUCUACCCGGCCAAGCGCACCCUCCGGGGCGCCCACUUCGACAAGGCGCUCAAGAUGAUCGCCGCCAGCGUCAGCGAGGACAUGGACUCGCUCAAGAGCAUCCGCCGCUUCGACGAGAAGUACGGCGACGUCAGGUCCAAGAACAGCCAGAAGCGGAGGGGCAUGGGCUUCGGCGUGCUCCCGACGUCGAACGAUGCCGAGGAGGCCCGGGUGCGGCAGGCUGUAGCGUAA